UGACUCUUUUUUGCCCAGACUGCAUGCAGUUUGGCAUUAAAAUGUUUUCUGUAGCACUAACCAUAGUGUUGCACAUUUGACAUGUUAGAUACACGUUACGCUAUUUUAACAGAUCAAAUAACCCACUAUUAAGAGGGGCAGACGGCACUAACGCGAACAACAAUACAGCUUUUAUUUUUGAGUCUGUAUCUAAGAAGUGAGGAACUGCUGUAGUCAGAACAAGCUAGCGUUAGCUAACAGGUCGGACGGCGACGAGGCCCCAACCGGACCAGUAACAAGGGGGAAACCAUGGCCAACAUCGCAGUUCAGAGGAUAAAACGGGAAUUCAAGGAGGUGCUCAAAAGCGAAGAGACAAGCAAAAACCAGAUAAAAGUUGAUCUGGUGGAUGAGAACUUCACAGAACUUAAAGGAGAGAUAGCAGGCCCCCCAGACACACCAUAUGAAGGAGGUAGAUAUCAACUAGAAAUUAAAAUUCCAGAGACGUAUCCAUUCAAUCCACCCAAGGUGCGGUUUAUCACAAAAAUUUGGCAUCCCAACAUCAGCUCGGUCACAGGUGCGAUAUGUUUGGACAUUCUUAAAGAUCAGUGGGCAGCAGCUAUGACGCUGAGGACGGUCCUCUUGUCAUUACAAGCCUUACUGGCAGCUGCAGAACCAGAUGAUCCACAGGAUGCCGUGGUAGCCAAUCAGUACAAGCAGAAUCCAGAGAUGUUUAAACAGACAGCAAGACUCUGGUCUCAUGUCUACGCAGGCGCUCCCGUCUCCAGUCCGGAGUAUACACGCAAAAUAGACAAACUCUGUGCCAUGGGCUUUGAAAAAAAUGCAGUAAUAGUGGCAUUGUCGUCAAAAUCCUGGGAUGUGGAGACAGCAACAGAGCUCUUGCUCAGUAACUGAGUUUUGACACUCUCUUCAUCUUGAUGCUCGUCUCUCUCUCUGUUCACACAUACACACUCUCUCCUCCAAACCCCUGCUGUCUGAAGAUGUCUCUUCCUCCAUCUGUUUCACAUUGGACACACUCCCUGUCUUCUCAACCCUUCUUCAUCUGUGUGGUAUCUCUCCUCUGUACUCAUCACCUCUGCUGUGCCACACUCUAAUCAACUGCUCUGUGAGCUGUUACCUCUGGUUUCUUUAAGUUCAUUCAACAUUCCACUCAGUGCCCCAAUCAGAAAUCCAACCACAUCUCACCCCUUUGAAGCAAACGUCAGACUUAAGACCCCAACUCACAUCUGUUAGUGUCUCCCAGCUUUUCUGGCUCUGUCCAAGAAGCGGCUGUCAGCGGCUUAUCCUUGCCUAUGCAGUGCAUUUAUUUUCAUUUGUGAUAACCUUUUGUAGGAGAUAGUUAAGCCACUCAAGGUUUUGUUUUUUUGUUGUUUUGGGGGGACCUGGUCCUGAUUUGACACAUUUGCGGUUCUGUUUUCUAAACAAGGAUUAAGCCAAGUCCUAAUCUUUUUUUAAUUGGCAUCUUUAUUAAAUUUUUCUGGCUCUGUAAUCAAAACCAUUAUCUUCACUUAUUUGUUAAUAGUAUUUGGAUACUCUAGACUGAAUUAGUUUCCUCACAUAACAGAUGUGUUUCUAAAAACGGAACACAUCUGCCUAGCAACGUAUUUCAUUGUGGUUAUUAUGCAUUUUUAGGAAAAAAAAGGGGAAGGGGGGGGGGGGCUCAAAGGACAAUCACAUUUUUGUCCUAUAUAUGCAUGAAGUGAACACAAUGCAUUGCACCGUGCAGUUUGGCUUAUUCCGUGUUUUGGAAACCUGCUUACUAAGUGUCUUAAAAGUGUUCACACUGUAGCCAUACUUGUUAUCGUGCCAGGUUUCCCCCUUAGCAGUCAACAAAUGGCAGCUCCUGCAAGAGAUCCCCACUUCCCAUCUCAUCUGUUUUUGACACCACUUUCUUCACCUGUCCUUAUCUCCCCACAUUUUUAAAAGAAAACUCUUAUUUGGUUUUGGCAUUCAACAGGAAUACAUAUUAUUCUUGUUUUUAAACUGAGAGAAACAUACAUUUGGGGGGGAUCAUGCUCAUUAGUAACACAAUCUGUGACUGGAUUAAAAUGGGUCAAGACAAGUUUGAAGAAUUGCAUCAUAUUAAUUACACCAACAGAUAAAUAUGUCAAUGAUUCAUCUGUAAAUAAAAAUAUUAAAGUCUGUGUAAA